CAGGCGCAGCCCGCGGGAGCCUGGCCGAGAGCCCCGGAGUCAGCAGUCGAGCUCCGGUGGCCGCCACAGCCCCUGACCAUGGCCCCGGCGUCCGGGCUGCCGCUGCUGCUGCUGCCUCUCCUGCUGCUCCUGGGGGCUGGAGCGCUGCUGCCUUGCGCGGGGGCCUCGGGCGCCCGCAAACGAGGCCCCUCGGUGACAGCCAAGGUCUUCUUUGAUGUGAAAAUUGGAGACAAAGACAUUGGCAGGAUUGUAAUUGGCCUCUUUGGGAAAGUCGUGCCCAAAACUGUGAACAAUUUUGUGGCCCUGGCAACGGGAGAGAAAGGAUAUGGAUAUAAAGGAAGCAAAUUUCACCGUGUCAUCAAAGAUUUCAUGAUUCAAGGAGGCGACUUCACCAGUGGAGAUGGCACAGGAGGUAUCAGCAUUUAUGGUGAGACGUUUCCAGAUGAGAACUUCAAGCUGAAUCACUAUGGCAUCGGGUGGGUGAGCAUGGCCAACGCUGGGCCCGACACCAAUGGCUCCCAGUUCUUUAUCACCCUGACCAAGCCCACCUGGCUGGAUGGCAAGCACGUGGUAUUUGGAAAGGUCCUUGAUGGAAUGUCAGUGGUCCACUUCAUAGAACUUCAGGCCACCGAUGGGCAUGACCGGCCACUCACUGACUGCACCAUCGUCAACAGCGGCAAGAUAGAUGUGAAGGCGCCCUUCGUGGUGGAGGUUGACGACUGGGGAUACAACGCAAAAAAAUGAGGAACACCGCCCAGGAGGGAUGUGCAUGUGUGUUUCUCCCACUUUUUCUUUUCUUUUCUUUUUUUUAAGUGACCAGGGGUUUGGUGGGGCUUGGUCCCUACACAACUCCACCAUUUGUGGUGGCCAUUUUCUUUUCUUUUUCUGAUAGAAACAGAGAGAGAGAAAGAGAAAGAGUAAGAGAGACACCUGCAGGUUAAGCGCACUUGGCGCAAAGCUCAAGGACUGGUGUAAGGAUCUCAGUUUGAGCCCAGGCUCCUCACCUGCAGGGAAGUCGAUUCACAGGUGAUGAAGCAGGUCUGCAGGUAUCUGUCUUUCUCUCCCCCUCUCUGUCUUCCCCUCCUCUCCUACCCAACAAUGAAUGACAUCAAAAACAGCAAUAAUAACCACAACAAGGCUACAACAAGGGCAACAAAAGGGGGGUGGAGAAGAGAGAGAGAGAGAGAGACACCUGUAGCACUUCACCUCUCGUGAAGUUUUCCCCCUGUGGGUGGGGACCAGGGGCGUGAACCCUGAUCCUCAUGCAUGAUAACGUGUAUUCUACCGGAUGUGCCACUGCCUCAGCCCUCUCCCACUUUUCCAAAGUAACCAACUGGCUUUUGUUUGACUUUCUUUGGUUUUUUCCCACCCUUGAUCGCAGGGAAGUUAUAAACCUCAGCCACUCUCAUGCGGAUUUUGGCAAAUCACUUUUAAGGAGUUUAAGGAGUUGGCACUUGAAAGACUCCCUUCCUCUAUUGGUGCUACCUUCCAACUAGGAAACCCCGUACAGGCUGUUCUGUACUGAAGAGUGUACUCAUUACUUGGCUGAACGCAUUGUUAUUCCCACGUUGAGGGAUGAUGGGGACACAACGUGUAUGAUUCUGUACUCAAGCAAAUUCUUUUCAGGUAAAGGGAGACUGACCUGCUGAGAAAAGGUGUUUUUAACUUUGACUUGAUACAAAGGUGCUUUGGAGUUCAUUAUAUUAAAUACUUUUUAUAUGCAGCAA